AUGAACGAUAAAACACAUCGAGGGCUGUCGAAUAGUAUGCUCCGGUAUUAUGAUGAUGAAUUCGGUGGGCACACUAUUUCCUAUGAUGGGAUGUGUUUCUACGAUCCGGUGCAAGAAACCGAUAUUCUGGGUGAUGAUGCUAGCGAGGAAACUUCGGAUGUGUACGGACCAGGUACUUACAAUCCAGCCGACGAAGAGACAUCAAGCGGUGAUGAGGACGAUCCAGAGUUGCGAGAAUUAGAAGAGAGGGACAAUAUCGUGUUGAAAUAUGAGAAGGUAUGA